AUGGUCAAUGAUUUACAAUGCGGUUCGGGGAGGUCUAGCAAUUGGAAAUUCGUUGAUGAUGUUACUAUCUCUGAGGGAUUAUUAAGGAAUGGGGAACCGUCUGUAAUCCAGUCUGAUUUAACUUCUAUAGCUACAUGGGCAUCUAAUAACCUGAUGAAAUUGAACGCAAAGAAAUGCAAAGAGAUGCAAAUUUGUUUCUUUCGGAACAAACCUGAACUACCACACUUGUGUGUUGAAGACCAGAUCUUAGAAUGUGUAUCGUCGCACAAGGUUCUUGGAUUGAUUAUCCAGGAUGACCUUAAGUGGAACGAACAUAUUUCGAUGAUUGUUACCAAAGCAUCCAAGCGACUGCAUAUCCUACGUGUCCUACGACGGGGAGGGAUUCCACCGCACGACCUUAUCACAAUUUAUUAUGCAUUGAUUAGAUCUACAUUAGAAUAUUGUUGUACAGUAUGGCAUUGUGGUCUACCUAUGUAUCUGUCUGAACAAGUCGAGAAAAUUCAAAAACGUGCACUGAGGAUUAUACUGCCAGGUCGAUCCUACGGUGAAGCGCAAGAAAUGUUGCAGUGUCCUAGGCUGGAUAUACGUCGAGGUGAACUUUGCGAAAAGACGAUGAAAAAUAUUGCAUUGGGCAGUCGUCUUUCUUCCCAUCUAACUCUCACCAGUGAAAACGAACAUGUGUAUAAUUUAAGGAAUUUUAAACAAUUCGCUUCUUUUAAAUGUAGAACUGAUAGAUUUGGUAAUAGUUUUUUCCCUAGCAUGAUUAGUGUUUUAAACAAAUAAUUGUUCUUAGUUAUAAGUUCUUAUUUAAUAAUCUAAUGAUACAUUGUAAUAUAGUUACUUUUAGUAUUGUAAUUCCCAUUCAAAUCAAUUGUAAAACACAUUGUAAUUCAUUUUCAUGCGAUGAUGUGUUAUUAAAAUACCAUUAUUAUUAUUAUUAUAACAUCCACAUAUUUUCGUUCUACGGCGACUAUCACGGCGAGAUAUUUAGACACGCUUUCUACUAUGACUAUGUAGAAGUUUUUCACCCCUACUUGUUGAAGAAACAAAUACCAACGACAACGAAACCGAUGCAGACAAUGAAAACAACAAGCGACAACAGAGAGAUUCUGCUACCCAAACGGUGAAAAAAGAUCACAACAGCCACAAAAAGCCAAAAGACAAGCCCGCAUAUGAGCAAAGAGCAGGCUCGGAGACAGGCCAUCGUCUUAAUGUGGCCAUUAUUGGAGAUUCCAUGGUGAAACAUCUAAACCCCUCCAAGUUGCGUAAAGGCACAAAGCAUAAUAUCAACGUGCAAACCUUCAGUGGAGCCAAUGUUGCUGAUAUGCGUUAUUAUGUGAAACCAGCAAUAUCAAGAUCCCCUGACUAUCUGCUCCUACAUGUUGGAACUAAUGACUUAAAGCGACAAACCCCUCAACAAAUAGCUGGGUCAAUUUCUACGCUUUGCCAGGAAAUCGUAAAGGAAUCACCAAAUACUAAGAUUGUAUUAUCGAAAGUUAUAACCAGAUCUGAUGACUCAAGCCUAGAUUCCAAAAUCAAAGAACUAAAUUGCAAACUAUCACAGGUAUGCCAUAAUAAUAAAUGGGGUGUAUUAAAUCAUACCAAUAUUACAGCAGAUCACUUGAAUCCUUAUGGUCUCCACUUAAAUAAGCAAGGUACAGCCAAGUUGGCCAAGAAUAUUAUAGAUCAUUUCAAAAACUUAAAUUGACAAACGAACAAUCAAAAUAAUAUUACUCCCUCAGAUGAUAGUAAUAUACAGAGGUUUAAUUCCAUUGAAAACGAUAAUGCCAAUAAUGCUAAUAGCCCUCUGGGUAAUGAUGUAAAUAGACAACAAUCACACGCUAGCGGCUCUCUUUUUCCUAAACUCAAAGGUUUUAAAGUAUGUCAUCUAAAUAUAGCAAGUUUGAUAAAACACUAUGAUGAGCUUUUGCUAUAUAUGCAAAACAAACUUUUUGACAUUAUAACGCUUAACGAAACUAGAUUAGAUAGUAGCGUACUAAACGGUGGAAUUGAAAUUCCUGGUUAUGAUAUUGUUAGGCGUGAUUGAAACAGAAGUGGAGGAGGUGUUGCAAUGUAUAUUAGAAGCAACAUACCAUACACCAUUCGCAAAGACCUCUUCCCUGAUAAUUUAGAGUUGAUUUGCGUAGAAAUUAAAAAAUUUAAAAGUAAACCUCAGUUAAUUACAACAUGGUACAGACCACCAAAUUCCAGCGUUGAGCUGUUUAGCGAAUUUGAAAUUUUUUUAAAACUACUUGAGGACGAAAAUAAAGAAAUUAUCAUAACCGGAGAUCUCAAUUGUAACAUUCUUGAGCAGAACAAAAGUUUGCCUACUUCUAAACUAGUUGACCUGAUUGACAUUUAUCAAUUACAGCAACACAUACAGUGUCCCACGAGAAUUACUAGUACAACAGCAUCACUACUGGAUGUUAUCCUCACUUAUUAUGGUGAUGAUAAAAUAUUAGAUACAGGAGUAAUACACCUUGGUAUCAGUGAUCAUAGUCUUGUUUAUCUGUGUCGAAAGCUCAGCAUUCCUAAGGCGCCACCAAAAACUGUCUUUACUAGACAUUAUAAAAAUUAUAAUGUUAACCAGUUUAACAACGAUCUAAGUGAGGUUUUUAGUUUGCCCUUGGAUUCAGCUAUUUUAACUGACCCAAAUGCCUUAUGGAACGAUUUUAAAAAUAAGUUUUUGAGCGUCGCAGAUAAACAUGCACCAAUCAGACAACGUCGUGUCAAGAGUGAAUAUAAACCGUGGCUGACAAAUGAAAUUAAGCAAAUGAGCUAUCGUAGGGAUUACCUUAAAAAGCAAUCGAUUAAAUUAAGAUCUGCGUAUUAUGAUAAGGCUUACAAGAGAUGUAAAAACAAGUUAAAUAAUCUCAUAAAAGAAACUAAACAAGAAUACUUUAGAGAUAAACUAAGCAAUGCUAAAAAUAGCAAAGAAAGUUGGCGAACUAUUAACGAAUUAUUAAACAAAAAGCCUAAAACUUCAGAGGUUAAAGAACUAGAUAUAAAUGGCCAACUUAUUACUGACGAUGAUAAAAUUGCAGAUGCCUUCAAUCAAUAUUUUUCCACAAUUGGCAGUACGUUGUCUGACAAGGUCACAGGUAACUGCACUGAUCCAAUGAACUUUGUGACUCCACUUGAUGGUAGUAUAUUCAACUUUACAAGCAUUACACUCCAAGAAACAAUAGAUGCACUCAAUGAAAUUAAAACUAAGAGAUCUCCAGGGCUUGAUGGUAUAGUAUAA